GCACAUCCAAUGUUUGAAUUGCGCAAUUUCGAACGACGGUGAAUGGCUGCAGCGAUUGAUGGAUGGCGUGCUCCGAUGAACCCAAAGGUUUAUUCAUCCAACCGUGGCUUAUAUUCAAUGAAAUUAAAUCGAGGAAAUCUCUGUUCACCAUCUCUUUUGUCUUAACACCAUGUUUGCCUCGACAGCGUUGAUCGCUUCGCUUUUGAAGACAAGGACAUUCUCCUCUGACUUGCAACAACCCUUAGACGACGCUCCUACUGCUGUAGGCACCCCCGACCUUGAUGCUGCCUCCACCACCAGCAGCAGCCAAACCAUCAUUGUCGACGAAGAUGCUUUGAUCGAACUUAAGAGCAAGCUCGCCAACGCUCAUCUUAUCAAUGACCUUUCCGAUGAUACCCUGUCCCGCCUCGUCAACGCCAACCUUGCUACCGCUUACAUUGCUUAUGGCCUAUCUGAUUUGUCAUUUGUUUACCCCGGUCUGCCCACCGGCUACCUCGGUGAAAGUGUUGAACAAUGGGCCGCUGAAAACAUUGCCAAUGUGUAUGGACAGAACGGCAAGGUGGCUCAUAUGGAUACUCGUGCUGGUGCUCUUGCUGCUGUGCACGGUGCCGUCCACUCUGCCCCUGCUGCUGUCACUGUGUUGACUUCCUCCCAAGGUCUUCUCACUAUGAUCCCCAACAUGCAUGUUCUUGCUCAGUCCAAGCUUCCUGUUGUUAUUCAUGUUGGUGCUCAUGCUCUGGAUGAUGGGCUUGAACUCUCUCCUGAAGUCGACUCUGUUCUCGCCGCUAGAAACACUGGCUUCGCUUUCUUGGCCUCCAACAACGCUCAGGAAGCCCAUGAUAUGGCUUUGGCUGCUCACAUUAUCUCCAAGUCCACCUCAUUGCCUAUCUUGCACUACUUUGAUGGUGUCAAGGCCGCCAAGGAGAUCGAAAAGGUCGACCUUCUCCCUUACGCCAAGAUUGCCAGCAUCGCCGCCAAUGUUGCUGCCGUGGAGACCAGCUACACCAACGCAUACGAUGCCGUUGAGAACAUCCUCGGUCAAGUUGGAAAGGCCGUAGGUCGUGAUUAUCACAUCUUUGAGUACUCUGGUGCUUCCGAUGCCGAGACCGUCAUUGUCACCCUGGGUGCUGGUUCCCAAACCGUCAAGCAAGCCGUUGGUCAGCUUGCCACUGCUAACCGUGUUGGCAUUUUGUCUGUCCGUCUGUGCAGACCUUGGUCUGAGGCUCAUUUCCUUAAUGCCAUUCCCAAGACAGCCAAGCGUGUCAUUGUUCUUGAACAAGGUGAUGGUCUUUUCGCCUUCAACGGUCCUUUGUUCUUGGAUGUCGCUGCUUCCUUCCGUUUCGGUGAAUGGACCGGUGUGAAGCCUCGCAUUGUCACUGCUCAAUCUAUCAACUAUGGUAACUUGAGACCCGCUCAUCUUCUUCAGCUUUUGAGCGAGACCAACAACUUUGUUGAUCUCAACAGCGAACAAUACACAUCGCUGGCCGAUGAGCCCGCUUUGGUCGAUACCGCUUCCAGAGCCAUUUUCUGGGAAGUCGCCAAGACCCACACCGCUUCUCAUGUCUCCAACAUCCUCUCCAAGUCUCUUCACGUCCAGACUCGCAUUGUUGAGGAUUCUUACAGACCUGGUGGUGCGGUGGUUAACAGCCACUUGCGCUUCAGCAAGUCCGCCGAUGUCAACGCCUACGCUUACGAGAAGGCUUCUUUCAUUGCUGUUCAAGAUGUUGCUUUGAUCAAGGAGUACGAUGUUUUGGCUUCCAGCAACCAAAAGGCCACCGUGUUGUUGAACGGUCCCUGGAAGAACGGUGAUGAGAUUGAGCCCAAGCUUACCAACGAGUUCAAGCUCCGUGCCACGCAACUUGAUAUUCAAUUGUACACCAUCGAUGUUGCCAGCAUUGCCCAAAACCUUGCCUUGAGCCACAAGUCUCGCAACCUCAUUUUCGAAACCGCUUACUUCCUUCUCAACAAGAACGUGGUCGAUGCUUCUUCUUCUGCUUUGGCUGCUCUCUACCAAGAGAUGGAUGGUUCCAAGAAGACAGCUGCUCUUAUUCAAGAAAUCUUUGAUGCUGUCAAGGCUGAUUUGACCAAGAUUGAUCUCUUGCCUCCAUGGACCAUUCUCGAAAUCUCUGACGCCGUCUUGCCCAAGAUCCCUGCCGAUCGUGCCGCCACCAACGAAGACUCUGCUUUGGUUCCUGAUGAAUCUCAAGGUGCCGCCACUGUUGGAAAAUGGCAUCAAGCUGCCUGGGACCUUAUCUUCAAGGAAGCUUAUGCAUCCAAGACUGCAUUGCGCCCGGAUCUCCAUGAGGAUACCUUCGUUGUCAAGUGCACUGAGAACAGACGUCUCACUCCCGGCACUUACGAUCGUAACGUCUUCCAUUUGGAGUUCGAUACUGGUAACUCUGGUCUCAAGUACAACCUCGGUGAUGCCUUGGGAGUUCACGGUUUGAACGACGAACGUCAAGUUCAACGUUUCUUGGAAUGGUACGGUAUCAAUGGUCAAGAUAUCAUUGCUCUUCCUGCCAACGAAGCCGGUCAGCGCGAAACCCGCACCAUCUUCCAACUCUUCACUCAAACCCUCGACAUCUUUGGCCGUCCCUCCAAGAAGUUCUACGAAUCUCUUGCCGAAUACACCACUGACGCCAAGGAGCGUGAGCAAUUACUUUUCCUUAUCUCAUCUGAAGGCAAGGAGGAAUACAAGAAGCGUGUUGACGAAACCGUCACUUACGAAGAUGUAUUGCGCGAGUUCACCUCGGCUAGACCCACCGUCGAGCAGUUGGCCACCAUUGUCGCUCCCAUCAAGCCCCGUCACUACUCCAUUGCCUCAUCUCAAAAGAUGUUCGCUAACUCUGUCCAUCUCCUCGUUGUUGCUGUCGACUGGAAGACCUCCACCGGUGAAGUCCGUUAUGGUCAAUGUACCCGUUACUUGAGCGACCUCAAGAUCGGCGCCAACGUCACUGUGUCCAUCAAGCCCUCCGUCAUGAAGUUGCCUCCUCUUGAUACUCAGCCUGUCAUCAUGGCUGGUCUCGGUACUGGUAUGGCUCCUUUCCGUGCUUUCAUCCAAGAACGUUCUGUCCUCAAGGCCUCCGGUGUUGAAGUUGGUCCUAUGAUGUUGUACUUCGGUUCCCGUAACCGUCGCAAUGAAUACCUCUAUGGUGAGGAGUUGGAGGCUUACCAUGCUGAAGGUCUUCUCACCCACAUGGGACUUGCCUUCUCUCGUGACCAAAAGCAAAAGGUGUAUAUUCAGCACAAGAUGCAAGAAGAUUCUCGUCAAUUGUACGAAUACCUCAUCAAUGAACAGGCCCACUUCUACCUCUGUGGUCCCACCUGGCCCGUUCCCGAUGUCAAGGACGCUGUUGUCUAUGGCCUCAAGCAAUAUGGUGGUAUGGAAGAGCGUGCUGCUUCCGAUCUUAUUGAAGAGUGGAAGGACAAGGAGAGAUACAUUCUCGAAGUUUACUAAAUAUUUCUUGGGAAA